AUGUCAGGUUGGCAUGAGAAUUGUCAGGAUGAAAAUCUGAGACCAUAUCAUAACCGAAAGCUGGAAUUACCCUGCGAACAACAUUGUGUUCUGUGGGGCUCCAGAGUGGUUAUUCCACCAGUUUUUAGAGAGAAAAUGCUCAAUGAAUUACAUUGGGAACAUCCAGGUGUAUGCGGAAUGAAAGCAAUUGCUCGCACCUGUGUUUGGUGGCCCAAGAUGGAUGAGGAUAUUGAGAGGGCUGUGAAAGCUUGCACAGUGUGUCAGUCGGUAAGAAACGCCCCUCCUCAUGCACCACUGAUACCAUGGAAAUGGCCGACCAGACCAUUUCAACGUGUUCAUAUUGAUUUCUGUCAAGAAGGUAAGGAUUAUUUUCUUGUGGUAAUUGACAGCUACUCAAAGUGGAUUGAAGUAAAACAUAUGUCCUCUACUACUACCCAACGUACUCUUGAUGAGCUUCGAUUGAUCUUUGCUGUUUAUGGUUUGCCAGAGGAG